CUAAUUACACUAAGUAAAAAGUAAACAAUUCACAGGUCUACUGAGUUCAACAAGUCAAAAACCCAACUAGUUUUCUUUAGUUCUUCACAGAAGUUGUUCAGUUUAAUAAAAUGUUUAAAAAUUUAAUUUUUGUUUUAAUUCUGAGUCUUUUAGUGUUUUUUGUUAGAAAUUCUACAUCUACUAGUAAAAAUAGAACAAAACGUCAUUUGAUAUACCCAGUGGGUGGGGGUACUUUCAAGCUGAUUGUCGGGCUUGGUAUUCCAACCAAAUUGGGCAUUCGACAAUCGAUGGCGUUAGGUAUGAAUUUCCAGUUUCAAUACGCUUUGCCCGCAGACAUCGCCCAAUUGGAGAAACCCUUCCCGCCUAUAAUCGCCAAGUCACGCGAGAGACGUCACGAAGACUCCGCGAAAGUGAGCGACAGAAGUUUGUUCUACAUGGGCCUCGCGGCUGCCAUGAGCAGUAAUGGCACCGAUGGAACUUCCUGUGUCCUUCGCUCAAUCUGUGAUAACGCCAUGCACUCUCUGAAACAUUCAUCAAAUGGAUUAUUUGGUGAAUUAAUGCACAUAGCCUUAACGCCAUCUAUAGACACGAAUGGGAAUGAAGACAACGAUGUGUACGUGGAUGCUCAACGCGCUGGCGAAUUCGGCGUCGAUUGCGUUUCCGUCUAUCCGGGUUGUCCUGCGGGCGCAAACUUACUCGACACGCUGUCCGUGCUGGAUAAUUAA